CUGAUAGAAUCAUUGCAGGACUCGAAGUGGAGUAGAGACUUAUCUGAUGUAAAACACCAUAAAAACUUUUCCCAUAUCAUCUCACUCAUUUUAGGACUUUCUGAGCACCUCACAUUUGAAGCUGCAGCUUGUGUCGGGUUUUCUUACGGGUCUGCUGGUUCUGUUUAUUGUUGGGUACUUUGUUGCCGCACUCGUGAACAUAUGGUGUUUCAACGUAGUGCUGGAUUGUUAUCGAUGGCUAGGAUUUCAGCUGGAGGAGAAAAGUCGCGCUCUCAAUCGCAAAGAUAUACCGAUCUCAGGCAUUGAUGCCAAGCCAGUGACCGUAAUACAUUCCACUGAUUUUUAA